AUGCAAGCACAAAAGGAGGCUCCACCCGAAUUGCAAUGCAAGGAUAAAUUCCUCCUCCAGAGUGUAGUUGUUCGCCCAGGCGUAACCACAGAGAAUAUCAAACCUGAUAUGUUUAACAAGGAGUCGGGGAACCAUGUUGAAGAAUGCAAAUUGAGAGUUUCCUAUGUUCCACCCCCACAACCCCCUUCACCUGUGCGUGAGGGCUCAGAGGAAGGCUCCUCACCAAGGGCUUCAUUGUCAGACAAUGGGACUGUAAAUCAGAUUCCCGACUAUAACAGCAUGUCAAGAGCAUACGUUGACUCACUGGAGAACACGCCAGAGGUUAAAGCUCGGAUUUCUAAGCUGAGGGAGGAGAAAAAUACUGCAAUUCAGCUAAAUAACAAGCUUAUGCAAGAACUGGAGUUCUUGAGGCGUCAAGUUAACCCGAGCCGUGGAGGCAUCCCAUUCAUGUAUGUUGUUAUUGUUGGCUUGAUUGGCAUCCUUUUAGGGAAAAAUGCUGACAUGGUAAUUUGCCUUGAUGAGGCUCCAAGAGCAUUCAUUACAUGA